AUGUUCCUCCUGCUGACGGCGCUUCAGAUCUUGGCUGUAGCCACGGCACAGAACCAAGGGGACAAGAUAAUUGGUGGUUCCAGAUGCAUCCGGAACUCCCAACCAUGGCAGGCGGCCCUGCUGGCAGGUCCCCACCGUAGUUUUCUCUGUGGAGGGUCCCUGCUGUCUGACGAAUGGGUCAUCACUGCUGCUCACUGCGCCCGUCCGAACCUUCGAGUUGCCCUGGGAAAGCACAACCUGAGGAUUUGGGAGGUAACACAGCAGGUGCUGCGUGUGGUCCGCCAGGUGCCACACCCCCAGUACAACCCCUGGACCAUCGCAAACGACCUGAUGCUGCUGCAGCUGGAGCAGCCCGCUCGGCUGCGGAGCGCAGUGAGGCCCAUCGCCGUGGCCAGCUCCUGUGCCAGCGCAGGGACUCCCUGCCUUGUGUCGGGCUGGGGCACAACAUCCAGUCCCAACGCCAGGUUCCCCAAGUUUCUGCAAUGCGUGAACAUCAACAUCUCCUCGGAUCAGGAUUGUCAGUGGGCCUAUCCUGGAGCCAUCACCGCUGGCAUGGUCUGCGCAGGGGUCCCCCAAGGUGGGAAGAACUCUUGUCAGGGUGACUCCGGGGGACCCCUGGUGUGCAGAGGAGAGCUCCAGGGCCUCGUGUCCUGGGGGAUGGAGAACUGUGCCCAGCCUGAUUACCCCAGCGUCUAUACCAACCUAUGCAAGUACCAAACCUGGAUCCAGGAGACCAUACAGAGCAGAUCUUAG